AUGACUCCGGCAGAUACACGCUCUCUCUUCUUGGCUGGUACUUGCAGUAAGACACAGUCAGAGGCAGUCACCACUCACCCACCCAGAGCUUCACCCAUCGCCUACCCAGGUGCCAUGAUUCAGAGGAAGCUAGCUGACGUCCAGGGAAUGGCUGUAGCUGAAUGUAUUGCUGAGAACUGGGAGGAAAUCUGGAACUUCCAGGCGAGAGACGGAGAUGUUUUGUUGGACACCUAUCCCAAAUCAGGAACCACCUGGAUGCAGGAAGUCAUUGACCUGAUCAUGCAUGACGCAGAUGAGCAGAUCUGCAGGAGAGCCCCCAUUUAUGAGAGGAUCCCCUUCAUUGAGCUCAUGCACCUGAUGAAGCCGGGUGUUGAAGAGGUGAAUGCGAUGCCCUCACCCCGGGUGCUGAAGAGUCACCUACCCAUCCAGCUGGUUCCCCCGUCUUUCUGGAAGCACAACUGCAAGGUGAUAUACGUGGCCCGGAACGCCCGAGACACUAUGACUUCCUACUAUCACUUCGACAAAAUUCUACAGUUCCACCCUGAGCUGGUGUCUUUUGAGAACUAUAUGGAGCGGUUUAUGAAGGGAGACGUGGGCUGGGGAUCCUGGUAUGAGCACGUGAAGGGAUUCUGGGAAGAGAAAGACAAACACGACAUGUUAUACGUAUUUUUUGAGGAUAUGAAAAAGACCCCGCUGCAAGAAAUUCGGAGGGUGGCGCAAUUCUUGGGCAAAGAUCUCUCGGAUGACGUAAUAAACAAGAUUGCAAAACUCACCACUUUCGAGUGCAUGAGGAACAACCCGAUGGCCAAUUACUCCGAAUUCCCCAAAGAAAUAAUUGACCAAUCACAGAGCGGGUUCAUGAGAAAAGGUACAGUGGGUGACUGGAAGACCCUGUUUACGGCUCAGCAGAACGAGGCCUUUGAAGAGCAUUACAAAAAAAUGAUGAGCGGCUGCACUUUGAAAUUUCAGGACCCAAAGUGACGCAUGACUGCCCCCCUGUGGCUUGAAGGAGAAUCUUCAGCAGUUGUGGGAAUAUCAGUAGAAUUUAUGCCUUGGGAAUGACAAUGUCAUUUACAAACUGCAAAUGUGCGCAGCGCUCCUGUUUAUGUAGAGCACACAGCGCCCAAUCAUCUAUCAGCUCUCAUCUGUGUACAAGUGAGACUAAUGAAAGCCGAAAUAUUACUA